AUGCCCUCUCGCCUCAGGAAUGCGUUGAACAUUGGGGUCACCACCCUUUUUGCAGCGGUGGUCCUUUUCACCGUCCUGCUGGCCUAUGUCACAGGCUACCAGUUCAUCCAUACUGAGCAGCACCACCUGUCCUUUGGCCUCUACGGUGCCUUCCUCUCCCUCCACCUUCUCCUCCAGAGCCUUUUUGCCUACCUGGAACAUCGACGGAUGAAGGCGCCCAUCUGUCCUCAGCUCCUGCGUCGCUCCGUGGCUCUCUGCGUCGCCGCCUACCAGGAAGACCCGGACUACUUGAGGAAGUGUCUCCGCAGCAUCAGACGGAUUUCUUACCCCGGACUCAAAGUGGUGCUGGUGGUCGAUGGGAACCGACCGGAGGACCGUUACAUGAUGGACAUUUUCCAGGAGGUGAUGGGCGGGGCCGAUCAGGCUAGCUGCAUGGUGUGGAAGGGGAACUACCACAGUGACGGGAGCGGAGGGGGCGGCGUUGGGGAAAGGGGGAGGAGCACGGUUCACAUGGAGGAGGCGGCGCGGGUGACACGGCUGGUCAGAGGCUGUCGCUUUUCCUGCGUCAUGCAGGAGUGGGGGGGGAAGAGGGAAGUGAUGUACACCGCCUUUAAAGCCCUGGGGGACACUGUGGAUUAUGUGCAGGUGUGUGACUCAGACACCGUUCUAGAUCCAGCAUGUACCAUAGAGAUGCUGAAGAUCCUGGAGGAGGACCUACAAGUGGGAGGGGUUGGUGGAGAUGUGCAGAUCCUCAACAAGUACGACUCAUGGAUCUCCUUCCUGAGCAGCGUCCGCUACUGGAUGGCCUUCAACAUCGAGCGAGCCUGCCAGUCCUACUUUGGAUGCGUCCAGUGUAUCAGCGGUCCUCUGGGGAUGUACAGGAACUCCCUUCUCCAGCGUUUCUUGGAGGCCUGGUACCAUCAGACUUUCCUGGGCUCCAAGUGCAGCUUUGGCGAUGACCGCCACCUGACCAACCGCGUGCUGAGCUUCGGCUACAAGACAAAGUACACGGCACGGUCGCAGUGCCAGACCGAAACGCCGACCGAGUACUUGCGCUGGCUGAACCAGCAGACGCGCUGGAGUAAAUCCUACUUCCGCGAGUGGCUCUACAACGCUCUGUGGUUCCACAAGCACAGCCUAUGGAUGACCUACGAGUCGGUGGUCACCGGAUUCUUCCCUUUCUUCCUGGUAGCUACAGUCAUCCAUCUUUUCUACCGUGGAAGGCUGUGGAACAUCUUGCUCUUCUUGCUGACCGUCCAGCUGGUGGGGAUGCUGAAGGCGACCUACGCCUGUUUCCUGCGUGGUAGCCUAAUCAUGAUCUUCAUGUCGCUCUACUCUCUGCUCUACAUGUCCAGCUUGCUCCCUGCUAAAAUAUUCGCCUUGCUCACCAUCAACAAAGCCGGGUGGGGCACUUCCGGUCGAAGGAAGAUCGUCGUCAACCUAAUCGGCGCCGUCCCUGUCACGGUGUGGACGCUGGUGCUGCUCGGAGGCGUGGCGUACACCCUUUACUGUGAAGCACAGCAGCCGUUGAGCGAAUCCGAAAAGGCCUUGUUGAUAGCGGGGACGAUACUGUACGCCUGCUACUGGCUCAUUUUGCUGGUGCUCUACCUCGCAAUCGUCGCCAAACGAUGCACCAAGAGAGAGGAACAGUAUCACCUGCCGUACGUAGAGGCAUAAAAGAGCUUUGUGUCGGCAGCCGACUGCUGUUUGACUCGUGCACCUUUGUAAACUGCCAAGGAGAUGCAGUCACAUCUGGAUUGCAAGUGCCAAAAAGUGAGGAUGUGAAUUCCAAGCAGCAGGGAUAACUGGAUCCAUGAAGCUUGAUGUCGUGAUCAAACAUUGUAAACAUCAUGUAGUCCUUGUGUACACCUUAGCACGCAACCACAACAAAAGGGUCCGGUGUGUUGCUGGUGACGUUUCACCUACAGCAGGGAAUACAUCCAAUGCAACAAAAGGUUUUUAGGUUAGAUAGUCUUUUUUUUUGUGCAAAUAUAUUUUAUUGAAUUUUACAGUUAAAAUCACAUUUGACAGUCAUACUUUGUGAAUGUGAAUGUGAAUUAUAUUUAUAUAGCGCUUUU